AUGGCUGACUCCUCCGUUACUGACCCACAAGUCGCCGCCGACCUCAAGAAGAAGCGGACCUUCCGCACCUUCUCCUACCGAGGAGUUGAGCUUGACAAGCUCCUGGACCUGAGCAACGAAGAGUUUGUUGAGCUCGUCCAUGCCCGCGCUCGCAGACGGUUCCAGCGCGGUCUCAAGCGCAAGCCCAUGGGUCUGAUCAAGAAGCUGCGCAAGGCGAAGAAGGAGGCGCUCCCGAAUGAGAAGCCCGCCGUCGUGAAGACGCACCUCCGCAACAUGAUUGUCGUCCCCGAAAUGAUCGGCAGUGUCGUCGGCAUCUACAAUGGCAAGGUGUUCAACUCGGUUGAGAUUAGGCCCGAGAUGACUGGACACUACCUUGCCGAGUUCUCGUGCUCAUACCGGCCCGUCAAGCACGGUCGCCCUGGUAUUGGUGCAACGCAUUCGUCUCGAUUCAUCCCUCUCAAGUAA